AUGCCACCCUCUCACCUCACAGUCCUCCCCACCCUCUCACCUCACAGUCCUCCCCACCCUCUCACCUCACAGUCCUCCCCACCCUCUCACCUCACAGUCCUCCCCACCCCCUCACCUCAUAGUCCCCACCCUCUCACCUCAAUGUGCCACCCUCUCACCUCAACGUGCCACCCCCUCACCUCACAGUCCCCACCUUCUCACCUCAACGUGCCACCCUCUCACCUCGCAGCCCUCCCAACCCGCUCACCUAGCAGUCCCCUCCCUCCCCCUUUCCCACUCCUGUCUUCCCCUCAAUCCCCUUGCGACGCAUGGGAGCAGAGAGCAACGAGGCAGCGGCACGUGCUAACCAGGCUAAAGGAGGUGGGGCAAGCAGUGGUGCUAGCGGGGCUGAAGGAUGUGGGGCACGCAGUGAAAGAAAUUUCCCGUCUUCUCUUUUCCACCCAGUCUCCCACUGAAGAUUCCUCCUCGGCCCUCCCUGGCCGCCCUGCGCAGGGAGCCAUGCGGCGCCGUGUGCUUCCAGAGCUGAAGGGUGUGGGAGAAGUGGUGCGGGGCUGA